UCAACACACACUCUCUCUCACUCUCUCACUCUCUCACUAUCCCUGCAAAGCUGCAACUCAUCUUCCUUCCUUCCAUAUAUAGUGUUGGGUCUAGAGAGAGAAAAUGUUCGCCGGAGAGAAUGGUUUGCAAGGAGACCCGAGACUGAAGGGCAUUUCUGAUGCUAUCAGAGUUGUUCCUCAUUUCCCAAAACGAGGAAUAAUGUUCCAGGACAUAACGACACUAUUGUUGGAUCAUAAGGCCUUUAAGGAUACUAUUGACAUCUUUGUUGAUCGAUACAGGCACAUGAACAUCUCUGUUGUUGCCGGUGUUGAAGCUCGAGGAUUCAUGUUUGGUCCUUCAAUUGCUCUGGCAAUUGGUGCAAAAUUUGUUCCUCUUCGAAAGCCUAAAAAGUUGCCAGGAGAAGUUAUAUCAGAGGCAUAUGUGCUUGAAUACGGUAACGACUGCUUAGAGAUGCAUACUGGUGGUGUUGAGCGAGGAGAACGAGCAUUGAUCAUCGACGAUUUAGUGGCUACAGGAGGGACCCUGUCUGCAGCUAUAAGGCUUUUGGAACGCGUUGGAGCUGAGGUAAUUGAAUGUGCAUGCGUCGUUGGCUUGCCUGAGGUUAAGAAAGCACGAUUGCUGAAUGGGAAACCUCUGUAUAUCCUCGUCGAGCCUAGCAAAUGCCAAAUGUUGUGAUCCAUCCAUCUAUCAAGGCCGACCGAUCGAUCAUGGGAAUUGCGAUAGCCUCGUUUACUUCAACUUGGAUCAUCUCAAACUCUACCUCGUGUGGUGUUUUCCAUGGAAGUGUAAGAGGCUUUUGAGAGGAACAUUAAAAAUGAGGAAGAUGGGAUAAAGAAAAGGGUAGGUAUUUGAUAUUGAUCUGAGUGAGUGUUUUGAUGUGUCACUUGCUGGGACAAUUGAUUUCAAUUCGCAAAUAGGAAUAUUGUCUCUUUGUAAUAACAUGUACGGACCAACAUCCAUCUCAUCAUCAUCUUCAUUAUUCUCACCAAAUCCAACUGCCGUAUUAAUAAAAUUAAAUAUUUGACUAAGUGUAUUUUGGUCCA